GAGGCAUGGAAUGAGCAUCUGUGUGUGAGUGAGUAAUGCUUUGGGAUAGUGCUUUUUAAGAGACAGAAGAGAUAGCUGUUUAUUUGUUUAUUUUUAUUCAAUGGACUGUAUCUGAAUUUAUGUAGAUAUUAUUAGAAUAUUAAAACAUAUUUUAACAACUAUUAAUUUAUUUUAAAGCAAGAAAUAGAAAGGGAACUGAUUGAAACUUUUUUUGCCUUGAUUUAAAAUCAAUUGUGCAAAAUAAGUUCACAUUUGUUAUUAUUUGUUAUUGUUAAUUAUUAUAUAAUGUCUAACUUUUUUUCAAGCGAAUGUAAUUGAUAUCUAUUUUAUAUCUUCGUCAAGGUAGUGUGGUCGUUUGAUACCUAGAGACCUAGACUAGACAAAUUAUAUAAAACAUAUUGUUUAUUAGUGUAAAGCAUACAGUUGGCUUAGCUUAUAGAUGUUAUUGAGCUUUUUUUUAAUUAAUUUUUUUAGAAUAUUUGUUUGCAUAUUGAAAUGUUCAUUUAAGUACGAGCAAUUACAAAGCUCUCACACAGCCAUGCUUCAGUUUUGGCUUUUGUUUGCGGCCAGUUUAUAUUUCUGUGAGGGUCAGGAUCUUAAAAAUGCUCCCAUCAUUAUCCAGUAUAAUGUCUGGGAGGAACAGCCAGCAGGCACAAGGGUGGGCUGCCUGUUAGACAGCCUGCGUCAGAAAGGAGAAACUGGAUUACUGGAGGACUUCCGGAUUGUAGAGCAUGGUCAGCCCCUGCCAUUUACAGUGGACAAAAGAGAUGGGGUGGUAUCAACACUGAGCCAGCUGGACCGGGAGGAGUUGUGCCGUGGAGCUGACCAGUGUGAACUGGCUUUUAGUGUUCUCUAUCGGAAAGGUGGCGCAAUGCAUUUCCUGCGUGUCAGAGUGGAGGUGAUGGACCUGAAUGACCACAGUCCUAUCUUCCCUAAUUCAGUGCAGGAGGUGGAGAUCUCAGAAACAGUAGGUCUGAGGAUGCGUAUCCCACUGGAUCGUGCUGAGGAUCCAGAUGCAGGUUAUAAUGGCCUACAGACCUACUCACUUUCUUCGAACUCUCACUUUGAUUUGGAGGUCCAUCCCUCAGGAGGUGCCAAGCAGCCAGAAUUGAUAAUUAUUAAAGAGCUGGACCGGGAGAUGGAAUCAUCAUUUGAGUUAACAUUAUUGGCUUGGGAUAAAGGGAACCCACCCAGGUCUGGCAGCACCAAAGUCAAAGUCAUAGUUUUGGACUCCAAUGACAACAGUCCUGUGUUUGAGGUGAAUGCACCAAUAGUUGACUUGCCUGAAGACACGGUACAAGGCACAGUAGUUAUAAACCUUAAUGCGACAGAUCCUGACCAGGGUGCUAAUGGAGAGGUUGUGUACUCACUCAGUAAACAUGCCCCAUUAGAUGUGCAGAGACUUUUUAGUGUUGAUCCUCAAACAGGUGCUGUUGUUUUAAAAGGUCUUUUAGACUUUGAGGAAAAAAGAUCAUAUGAAGUAGACAUCCAAGCAAAGGAUCUUGGUCACAAUGCUAUUCCAUCCCACUGCAAGAUACAAGUAAGAGUUCAAGAUGUCAAUGACAACGCACCUCGGAUACACAUGACAUGGAAUCCUCAAGAGUCCCCCGUGGCAACUGUGUCAGAAGGAGCAUUAAAUGAGACUUUUCUGGCACUUGUGAUGGUGUCUGAUGCUGAUUCAGGUCCAAAUGGGAAAGUGCAAGCCCAUAUACAGCAAGGAUCAGGGCCAUUCCGUCUCAAGCACAUCCAUAAUGACAACUACAUGAUUGUUACUAGUGGACACUUAGAUCGGGAGCAACAAAUGGAGUAUAAUAUUACUCUUUUUGCUCAGGACAGUGGUGUUCCUUCUUUGUCUUGUGUUAGACAUCUGACUGUCCAUGUUCUGGAUGAAAAUGACAAUGCACCAGUAUUUUCCCAUACUCUCUACACUGGUGUUUUGAGUGAGAAUAAUUUACCUGGAUUUCAGGUCUUGACUUUGGAGGCCCAUGAUGUUGAUUUAGACCUUAGUGGAUGGGUGUCGUAUUCAAUUAGAGAGUCAAAUGAACUUGGGACACCAACUGCGUUCUUCUCAGUCCAUCCAACUAGUGGGGCUGUUAUUGCUCAGCAGUCAUUAGAUUAUGAGGAAUCACAGAGAUACUCCUUUAUAGUGGAAGCUGUCGAUCAUGGUUACCCUUCAAUGACCAGCAGUGCUACUGUGCUUAUUACGAUUGAGGAUGUUAAUGACCACUAUCCCAUCAUCAAAGAACCCCUUUCAAAGAAAGGUAUCGCAGCAGUGAGUGUUCCAGUAAAUGCAGAAAAGGGGGAGAUUGUGACAGAACUAAAUGACAAUGUUCAUGAAACCCUUUAUCCACUGAGUAAUCAUUCUUCUGAAUACAGGUUUGAAGGUUUUUUGGCCACAACCAUAUUAGCAAGUGACUCUGACUCUGGUCUCAAUGGAAAACUCCAAUUUAAAAUAAAAGAAGGAAACCCCUCCAGGCUGUUCUGGUUAGAUGAAACCACAGGUCAAUUAUAUGUGAACACCACCAAUGCUACAGAAUUGAUUGGCAAAGCUUUUAAAGUGGUCAUUGCAGUGUCAGACAUGGGAACACCCCCACUUGUCACACAGACAACACUAGAGGUAACAUUUAUCAAUCUUCGUGAUCACCUCAAGAACUCUGCUCCUGGACAACACCCUCAAUUCAGCUUCACAGUGCUUUUGGCUAUCUGCAUUGGGGGGACCUGUUUGCUUUUGCUGCUAAUUGUUGCUCUGGUUACCACAUUUUGUCGCCCAGAAAAAAGAGACACUCGUGCUUACAACUGCAGACAAGCUGAGUCUUCCUACACUAGUCACCCUCGCAGACCACAGAAACACAUUCAGAAAACGGAUAUAGAGCUAGUUCCUGUCCUGCGGGGUAGAAAAGAUGACCCAUCUGAGGAAGAAACCCAGCCACUUUCACCCCGUUCUCCACUACCAGAAGAACCUCACCCAGAAGGCCAGCUCAGUCUUUCACCAACACUUGCUCAUCUGGUACAAAGUCAAGCUUAUGCUGAAAACAAUGGUACGCUGCCAUUUACACCAAGCAAGACACUCAGGAAACCGGGGAGUAUAGAAUGCCCUCAAACCCCUACAACACCCUACAGAACCCUGCGCAAGGCACGAAAUCCUUCCUCCUCAUCAUCGUUGCACUCACAAGCCAACACUCUGAGACGGCACAAACCCGAAGAAGUAAAUACACAGACUGACUCCCAAGCCUCUGGUCCUUUCUCACAGGCCACUUUGAGAAGGACAAAAAACGCAGAAAGAAAUGGAAGGCUUGAUGAACAAGACCACAAACAAAUACUAAGAAACUUGGUGCGCUUAUCCAUGGCUGCUUUUGGAGAAAACUCACUUGAGCUGUCUUCAGCUUCACCUGAGGUGCAGCAGGUGUCUCAGCUCCUGUCUCUGCUGCAUAAAGGCCAGUUCCAGCCUCGACCAAACUUUCGCGGCAACAAAUAUUCCCACAGAGGUGGCCGGUCUGUUGCACAGGAUGCUGACUGGCUGAGUACUAAAGACAGCGGGCAUGGGGAAAGUGAGCCUGGAGACGUGGACUGGGAAGCAGGCAGAGACUCCCCAGUCGAUCCCUUAUUGGAGGAGGGCCUCACACACCUGCUUAGCAACCACGAUGACGUGUUCUCUGACAUCCCUGACCCAGCAUGGAUGGCUCGUCUGUCCCUUCCUCUGACCAGUGAUUAUCAUGACAACCUUUACGUCCCUGAUGGUUUACCCCCUCCAGAAGAUCAAACGCCCACCUUUGGUGGCCCAAAUGACUCCUUCUCCUCCUUCUCUACUUUUGGCAAGGCCCCGGAGAAGCCUGGGUCAAUAGGAGGUGAAACACUUCUUUCAGAAGUAAGCACGCUGUUUGAGAUGCUAAUGACGCAGAAGGCUGAUGCUCAGCCACGGUCAGACAUCCUCUACAGACUUUCAGCAGCUUAUCACCGCUCCCUUGGCCUGGAAGUCCAUAAAGGGCCAAAUGAAAAAUCUUCUGUCAUACGUGAUGCCACUCCAAACCAUUACUGAUGUAACAACAAAGCAGACACUUACCUUCCCCUACCAUCAUCACUUUUACUGCUACAGUUCUGUUUCAAAGUCUUGUUGGUUUUAAGCAACACUCUCUGGGAGGUUUUUCUGGUGCUGGCCAGCUAAGGCAAAAUACAACGAUCUAUUUCAUAUUUCCUCAAAUAAACUAUUUUGCACCAAAGUAACACUGUGAUAAGAAGACAAGGAGGAAGUUUUUCCUCUGCUUCAGGCUGAAACCUCAAUUACUCUAUAAUGGUGCUUUUCUUACAAAGUACUUUAUGAGACUUAUAGCUUUGUAUGGGUUUAAAGAAGGAAAUGGCUCUUUGUCUUCCUUUAAGACUAAACACCCACAAACGAAAUCCUGUCUCUGAGGAGGAAUGUGUGAAGUUUUCUACCACAAUGGACUAUAAGCAGUCUUGCUUCCUCUGCAAUAGUCUGACUCCUGAUUAUUGUUUUCUGCUUCUUUUUUUGUAAAUAAUACACUGUACUAAACAAAAAGAAACAGUAUUUGCGUUCAUGAAGAUAAUAUUUGUCUAUAAGAUCUAAUGUCGUUUUGAUUUAAUAUUUCAAACAGAAAAAGCAUCUAGGUUCUAUAGCAAGAAUUUGAUGAUUUAUGGAGAUUCAGUGACUUAAAGAAACAAAAUGUCAGACACACAACACUACACCAUGCACACGACCUGUGCAAGACAAAUAUAGAAAAGGUUAUUAACCUUGAAACACUAGAUAAAGAUUUAAUUUCAUUUCCAUACAAAUGAUUAGAAAUGAUAUAUGUGCAUAUUUUUAUGUGCGAAUAACUGACAGCACUUUGUAUAUACCUGUUUUGUAUACCAUAUGAAUGAAAUAAACAUUUCUGAAACAUUCCUUAAAAGACUUUCAAAUUUGCUGAAGG